AUGCCCCUGCUCCCUACAGCGGUCAAAGUUCAGGAAUAUACACCAGUUAUGUAUAUUACUGAGCGUG